UCGGAGCCCUUGGGGGGUCCCCAGCCCCUCCUCUACCCGCCCCCCUCGUUGGGGCCUUGACCCGGGAGUCGCUGUUGGCCAUCAUCUUUCCCCUCCUUCGUUCAUCCUCUAUUUAUAGCGGCCCCCAGCAUUUCCCGCCCCCCCCCAACCCCCUGCUUGUUGUCCAACUUCUCACGGAGCAGCCGGAGAGCAAGCGGCAGGACUCGGCUGAGGAGGCCACCAUGGCAGAGCUUCAGGAGGUGCAGAUCACUGAGGAGAAGCCACUGUUGCCAGGACAGACGCCUGAGGCUGCCAAGGAGGCCGAGUUAGCUGCCCGAAUCCUCCUGGACCAGGGACAGACUCAUUCUGUGGAGACGCCUUAUGGCUCCGUCACUUUUACCGUGUAUGGCACCCCCAAACCCAAACGUCCAGCGAUAUUCACCUACCAUGAUGUAGGACUCAACUAUAAAUCUUGCUUCCAGCCACUGUUUCAGUGGGAUAUGCAAGAGAUCAUACAGAACUUCGUGCGGGUCCAUGUGGAUGCCCCUGGAAUGGAAGAGGGGGCACCUGUGUUUCCUCUGGGGUACCAGUACCCAUCUCUGGACCAGCUUGCAGACAUGAUUCCUUGCAUCCUGCAGUACUUAAAUUUCUCUACGAUAAUCGGGGUUGGCGUUGGAGCCGGAGCCUACAUUCUGUCACGAUACGCUCUGAACCACCCGGACACCGUUGAAGGUCUUGUUCUCAUCAACAUUGAUCCCAACGCCAAGGGCUGGAUGGAUUGGGCAGCCCACAAGUUAACCGGCCUGACGUCUUCCAUUCCGGAGAUGAUUCUUGGGCACCUUUUCAGCCAGGAAGAGCUUUCUGGAAAUUCUGAAUUGAUACAGAAGUACAGAAGUCUCAUCACACACGCGCCCAACCUGGAGAACAUCGAACUGUACUGGAACAGUUACAACAACCGCCGAGACCUGAACUUUGAGCGAGGUGGUGAGAUGACCCUCAAGUGCCCCGUGAUGCUGGUGGUAGGAGACCAAGCACCUCAUGAAGAUGCCGUGGUGGAAUGUAACUCAAAACUGGACCCCACACAGACCUCAUUCCUCAAGAUGGCGGACUCUGGAGGUCAGCCGCAGCUGACUCAGCCAGGCAAGCUGACAGAAGCCUUCAAGUACUUCGUGCAAGGCAUGGGCUACAUGGCCUCAUCCUGUAUGACUCGCCUGUCGAGGUCUCGCACAGCAUCUCUGACCAGUGCGGCAUCCAUCGAUGGCAGUCGGUCCCGAUCCCGCACCCUGUCGCAGAGUAGCGAGUCUGGGACUCUCCCUUCUGGACCCCCGGGGCACACCAUGGAAGUCUCCUGUUGAGCGACCCUCUUUGCCUUGGUGUGGAACCCAGCCCUCACCUCCCGCAGCACUAACUUAAGAGGUGUUUUCAGGGCAAUGGGCCAGAGUCAGCAAGGAAAAUGGGCAGAUUGUGCAGGGAGAUGAUGACCUUGAUCUUUAAUUGCUACCCUAACCUUGACCUUUAACCUGUGAUAUCCUCUAGCUCCUCGGUGAGGUGUCCUAAUAUCUCUUAGAGAUCCAGGCCCCCUAAGUCAUCUCCUCCUCCCGUUUUGGUCUUGAGAAGGCUUUUAUGUUCACUCUCUGACCUGGGUUCUAUAGAUGAGGAACAAUAAGUUGUUUUAGCUGUCACGGGGAUGCCAUCACUCCCCCUCUUUAGCCCAUAUUUGCAAGGGUAGGAGAGUGUGUGUAUGUGUAGGGUUGGUGGUGGGAUAUGAGGAACUCCAUUCCCCAAAGCUGACACAGUGCCUUGACGUGUGAGGCCUCUGAAGGCAAUGCUCCUAAAUGGAUGUCUCUCAGGGGAAUAUUUGCUGGUGUGUUACUGAUCCUUAACAUGAUAGACAUAUCCAGCAUGUAAAAAGAAAGUCAGAAUGGGAGAUGGUGGCCAGUGAAGAACAAUGGUAAACACAUUGAAGCAGGGGCAGUAGGGAGGGGCCCGGGUCCUUUGGCCGCACUAACUUUAAUAGCUGUCAGUGUGCACCUAAAGUGGGACUGGGGGAAAGAACUUAGGUCCGACUGCUUGGGGCUUGGCAUCAGGGUGGGAAGGGCUACCUCAGGCUCUGACCAUACUCUUGUGUGUAGGGGCGUGACCUCCUGUCUCACACAAUUUCUGCUGUGACAAUAAAAGAUAGAGGAAACUGAA